GAAAAUACACUUUUGUUAAAGAAGAUUAAAAGUUGAUUUCAUGUUUUUAUUGUCUGAAUAACCAUUGCUCCUUCUUUCCUUUUCCGUGCAGAAUUCCAUAAGACACAACCUGUCCUUGAACAAGUGUUUCCUCAAAGUGCCUCGCUCCAAAGACGACCCUGGAAAAGGUUCCUACUGGGCCAUAGACACCAACCCUAAGGAAGAUGCGCUACCCAGCAGGUCAAAGAAGAGACCACGCUCCGGAGAACGGGCAUCAACCCCUUACAGUCUAGAGUCAGAGUCUCUCAGAAUGGACUGCAUCAUGUCUGGUGGGGCGUCCCCAACGCUAGCCAUCGGUGCAGCAACUAACAAGGUAGCUCUGUACAACCCUGAAGUAGAAGGCGGCGAGAGUCCUGGGAGUCUGGGCGGCAGCCUGAGCAACAGUCUUUCAGAGCAGAGUUUGGCUUCUGUCAACCUUAACAGCCUGAGCACGGCUGUCAGCAGCAGCAGCAGCAGCGUGCACAGCUACACACCAGUGAGCAGCCACUCUGAGCCUUCAUCCCAGUCCCUGAGCCUCCAACAGCCUGCCCAGCCUCCCCCUCCUCCCCCCCAGCCCCAGUAUGGGUUACCAGUCCCAGAGUCGAGAGACAAGCAGCUGUGCUUCUCAGACUUCGAGGACCUCAGCGCUUCUUUCCGCAGCCUCUACAAGUGCGUCUUCGAGCAGUCCUUUUCACAGCAAGGUUUGAUGGGCAUGCCGAGCGACUCCAGCCAGCAGGCCCGGACCGCCUGCUCCUACCAGCAUUCGCCUGGUGCAGGAAGCAGCAGCGGCCACCACCACCAACACAACCACGGCCAGACGUCGCACCACGCUCACCACCCCCACCUGUCUCCUCACCGGCACCAGGUGCACAGGCAGCACGCGCAGCACCAGCAGCACCCCGCCCUGUCCCACCAGAGCCACGCGGUGCAGACCUGCUCCACAACAGGCAUGUCGUCCGACUGGUACCCCAACCUGGACUGGCUGAAAGAGAGCUGCCGCAUUGCUACCAGCUACAACUGGGCUGAUGUGGACCUCUCCCCAUUCCAAGGUCUAAAGGAGAGCAUGAGGCAGGCUGAACUCAACAACUGGACUCUGGACACUGCUCAGAUGGCCGACCUGUGUUCCUCCAUCAACCAGUUCUUCACAGCCACGGGGGUCAUCCCCCCGCAGGGCGCCGCCCACCCUCAGCCUCAGGUCCAACACGCUGCAGUACCGUCGGCGCCGCAGCGUCCCGCUCAGCCGCACGGAGCCAUGCACCCGAAACCGGGCCACCACAAUCAGCACGGGCAGCACAGCCAACACAUCAACACGGGGAACAUGUACAUGGACUCCAGACAGAACAUUUCUCCUCUGAUGGGUCCACCGGGGUAUCCUCACAUGCCUCUGAUGAGCAGCACGGCGCCCAACAUGACAGGUCGCCACAACCAGCUGAACCACCAGCAGCAACAGCACACGCUGCCACCAGAGCACUUUCAGGUGAGACGCAUGCUCGCUGCUGACGACAUCCAGGACGACUUUGACUGGGACUCCAUCGUCUAGACCGGGUACAAGGCUGGAAACAGUGGGGGUAAGAAGGGGGCCAAUCCGCUCCUUUCAUCUGCCUGAAGAGACGGAUGACAAUCCAUCAGAAUACUAACUGAAAGUCACUUUUAAAGAGUCGGGACUUCUUUUUUAAUAAAAGUGGCUGGAAGUUCUAAAGACAAUCAUCUGACAGUAAAGGACAGACUUUUUACGUCGUGUGGGAAAACCCAAGAGGGGUCGCCAAAGUGUCGUCAAAACUUCUGUGAAUUUCUUUUUUUUUUUUUAUCUUAAACGUGUUUCGUGCUGCAGCGUGCGUCCUGCGUCUGCAAAGUUUCGCCACCUGUGAGAAGAAAAAUGAACAGGAAAAAAAACUGCCUGCAGAGAAAAGCAAACCACAUUUCUUACACGCAAUCCAAGCAUGUGCCGAUAUUUCAUCUUCUUUGUAACAAUUUCUUCACUCUUGUUUGUUUCUGGACCUCUCUAUGCUGCUGAGAGGUGGAGCGCCACCUGCUGGUUAACACAGGCACAAAUCAACUUAAUCUGGUUCAGUUUUCCCUGAUCUUUCUUUAAUUUCAGCCUAAUUUACAGCAUCUUUUCACAUGUGUAGCAGUUCCAUCUUCUCAGGGUGGAAUGCUCACAUCCCGUCUUCACGCCUGUGCUGUUUAUUUAAAUAUGUGAGGUUAGCCGUGUGGUGCUGUCAGUGUUUGGAUUCUGUUGGUUUGCAGAAAACAUCUUAUUUUGAGUCAUUGAAUGAGACAGGAUCACCGUUAUGUCAGAUUAAUAAGCUAAGGCAAACAGUGUUACCAUGGGAUGAGCUUUUCAGUAACAAUAACAGGACACAUUUGGACUUUUUCUAUGUAAAAACCCAGUUUUCUGAUAUAUGAUUUAGAUUUUUAAGAUUCUGUGACGAUUUUAAUCUCUGAAAAGUCAAAGAAAGUUAAAAUGAGAUUUCAAGAUGCUUCAUUAGGGAGGAAAAAAGGCAAUUUUGCACAAGCUGGUUAGCAUCUAUGUUAUUUAAAAAAAGAACAACAAGGAAGCAAAGACUUCACUUUGUUUUGUUUAUGGUGAUGUUAAUUUUGUCUAUGUGUACAAUUGCGUAUAGUUGUCUCUGAUUUCACACAGUUUAAAAAAAUCCUCCUGGAACAAAUUAAUUUCAUGGUUUUAACACUUAAGCUCUUAUAGCUCCAACAAUGAGACACGGAGGCUUCACGUGCUGCUUGAUUCAGAGCAUUUCUGCGAUUCAUUGUAGAAAAAAAGCUAAACAUGAAAUAUUUCCAUUGAAUGCUGUAUAGCAGUGACCAGCAUAUGUAUAUCUUCUAUGUUUGUGUGUUUUCUGUCCUUGUAAAUAUCAGUACGUUACCCUUCUGUUUGAAAAAGACGGAUCAGAAAAGAAGAAAAAAAAAGAAGCAGCAACAAACGGAGACAAUAUUUUGUAAUUUGACCUUCAAGAUUUGCAUCAUGUACAUAUUUUCAGUAUAUAGGUGAUGUAAAAAAAAAAAGGAAAAUUGGCAAUAUGUGUGUGUCAUGAAUAUUCUGUGUAUGGCGGAUAAAAUGUUAAAAACCUGUUAAGUGUUUAUUAAAACGUUAUGGGCCGUUUUUACUGA